CUUCAAAUUACAUCCACCAAAGAUGGAUUCCGCCAAGAAGCUUACGGCUCUUUUCUUUAUCUCAUUGUUCUUGGUUUCUUCAGCAAGUCCUGUUCUUGAUUGCGGCCACCCGAAAACACCAACCAAAAAACCACCGGUAGUAAAGACACCCGUCUCCAACCCUCCAAACGUAAAAUUACCGGUCCCUCUCCCACCACUCCCUAUACCACCAGUGAAACCACCUGUCGAUCUUCCACCACUCCCUAUACCACCAGUGAAACCACCUGUCGAUCUUCCACCACUGCCUAUACCACCAGUGAAACCACCAGUCGAUCUUCCACCACUCCCUAAUCUACCACCAGUGAAACCACCAGUCGAUCUUCCACCACUCCCUAUACCACCAGUGAAACCACCAGUUGAUCUCCCCCCACUCCCUCUACCACCAGUGAAACCACCAGUCGAUCUUCCCCCAAUCCCUCUACCACCAGUGGAAAAACCAGUCGAUCUUCCACCACUCCCUAUACCACCAGUGAAACCACCGGUUGAUCUUCCACCACUCCCUGAUCUACCACCGGUGAAACCACCAGUCGAUCUUCCACCACUCCCUAUACCGCCAAUUAAACCACCAGUGGAUCUUCCACCACUUCCUCUUCCACCAGUGAAACCACCAAUCGAUCUUCCACCACUCCCUUUGCCACCUGUCAUUCCUCCACCAGUUGUCACACCACCCACAGAAAAACCCUGCCCAUCACCAAAGGUUACUCCUACGUCCUCGGCCACUUGCCCACUUGACACUCUAAAACUGGGAGCAUGUGUGGAUCUUCUAAACGGAUUAGUCCACAUAAAUUUGGGUGACCCUGUGGUCAACCAAUGCUGCCCGAUCAUAGCCGGAUUAGCAGAGCUAGAGGCUGCAGUUUGCUUGUGCACAACUCUAAAGGUUAAGCUUUUGAACCUCAAAAUUUAUGUGCCGCUCGCUCUUGAGCUGCUUGUUACUUGUGGCAAGACCCCUCCUCCUGGUUAUACUUGCCCUACCUAAAUUAACAAGGUCCCUACUCAGGCGAGGUAAUUAGUUGAUGGAUUAAUCGACGAACACUUCUUGAGAGGACGUCGAUUGUUAAUUUGGAUUUGCUUAUGGAAAUUUCGUUUUAAUUUGUUGAUCAGCAAUUUAAUUAUUAAUAUAUGAUUAUUGUUUCUUUGUGUGUUUAAUUUUUCAUUUGAUUAUGUAAGGUAUGGCAUCAUCCAAUGAAUCUGGGAUAUGUUCAUUUCUUAA